AUGGACUCUGCAGCCUCCCUUGCCGAGCUCCAAGCAGAGGCCAGCUGCCCCAUCUGCCUGGGGUACCUGAGAGACCCAGUGACCAUUGAGUGUGGGCACAACUUCUGUGGCUCCUGCAUCCACCAGCGCUGGGAAGAUCUACAGGACUUCUUUCCCUGUCCUGUCUGCCUCCACCCCUGUCUUGACAGGAACUUCAGGAGGAACACCCAAUUGUGUCAUGUGACUGAUAUUGUUAAGCAGAUUCCCACCUUAGAGAGCCAGAGGAAACUGCAGGAGGAAAAAGCCCUGUGUGAGAAGCACCAUGAGGUUCUUACCCUGUUCUGUGAGAAGGACCUGGAGCUGUUGUGUACCCAGUGCAGGGUCUCCUCUGACCACAGGGAUCACCCCCUGAUGCCCAUCGAGGAGGCUGCAGCUCAUCACAGGAGGAAGCUCAAAAGCUACAUUCUGCCCCUGAUGGUGGAUGUUGAAGAUGCUGAAAUGGUAUGCGAGAAGCAACUUGCAAAAACUUUGAAAGUGAAGCGAAAGAUUGAAAAUUGGAGGAGGGAAUUGCACUGUGAAUGUAAAAAUCUUAAGUGUACCUUGCAAAGAGAGCAGGAUGAAGUUAAUGCCAGCCUAGUUAUAGAAGAGAAGGAUAUUGAAGAAAAACUAACUGAAAAUGGAAGGCAGAUUUCAAACCAUAUGUUCACGCUAAAUAAUCUGUUAAGUGAAAUAGCAGAGAAAUAUUUGCAGACAGACCUGGAUUUACUCACAGGUAUUGAAAGUAUCCACAAUAGGUAUGAAAACCUAGAGAGCCCAGCAGUCUUUACAUAUGAAUUAAAAAAGAUUUUUGCUCUCCCCCCUCAUUAUCUGGGCCUGCAUACAAUGAUCAGCACAUUUCAGGUAGAUUUGACCCUGAAUCCUGAAACUGCCCAUCCAAGUCUCAUUACCUCAAGAGAUAGAAAAAGUGUCACGUAUAGGACAUCCAAUGGUCUUCAUAAUCCCCUGGAAUUUACUUCUUACCCAGCUGUCCUGAGUUCUGAGGGAUUUGAUGCUGGCAGGCAUUUUUGGCAGGUAGAAGUCAGAGGCACAGGUGAGUGCUUCUUAGGUGUGUGUAAAGAAUCUUUCCCCAGAAACACUCUCACAUCACCAUCCCCAAGCAAUGGAUGUUGGCAAUAUCAGCUCUGGACUAAUACAUGCUGCCCAUGGCCUAGAGAACAGCUACAGAUUGGCAUUUUCCUGGACUAUGAGUUGGGAGAGGUUUCAUUUUAUAAUAUGAAUAACAGGUUAUAUUUGUAUAGAUUCACUGAUACGUUCACAGAAAAACUUAUGCCCUAUUUCUCUAGUGCACCUGCUUCAGAAUCUCUUACAAUCAGUAUCAUCAGAGACAAAUGA